AUGACAGAAGGAAAUCUCGCUGAAGACGAAAUCCAGAAAACGAUAAAAGAAUUGUUUUGCUCGAAAAAAUUCACUGGCGAAGUUCACAACGUGCUGAGCUUGUUGUCCGUGCUAAAUAUUGUUCUCUCCAUUACAGCAUUUCUGGGCAACACUCUGAUCCUAGUUGCUCUGCACAAGGAGACUUCACUUCAUCCGCCGUCCAAACUUCUGUAUCGAAACCUAGCGAUUUCUGAUCUCUGUGUUGGCGUCAUUCUGGAACCUACAGCUAUUACUUAUUUGCUGUCUGUGAUCAAUGAAAAAUGGGCGAUUUGUUAUUAUGCAAGUGUGAUAAAUCAUGUCGCAGCCAACUUGCUAUGUGCACUAUCUCUGUACACAGUUACUGCAAUAAGCGUGGACAGACUUCUCGCCUUGUUGCUGGGGCUCAGAUACAGACAAGUUAUAACUUUGAAAAGAACUUGUUUAAGUGUGAUAGUUAUUUGGAUUGUGUGUAUUUUCGGCACAUCAUCUUACUAUUGGAAUCAUUCUUUUACGGCAUGGUGGGUACUUAUUGGCACCGGCCUGUGUCAAUUCACCUCAAUUUUUUCGUACACAAAAAUAUUUUGCACUCUGCGCCACAAUCAAAUUCAUAUUCAGCACCACGGUUCUCUUAGGCAACCCAGCCAAGCAACUCCACUAAAUAUUCCUCGAUACAGAAAAGCGGUGACAAGUGCUCUGUGGGUGCAAGUGACAAUGACAUUUUGUUACCUGCCGUAUGGAAUAGUGGAAAUUUUGAGACCUCAAAUAGGGUUAUCAUCUUCGCUUUAUCUUUCCAUACAAUUUACAGCAAAUUUAGUCCUCUUAAACUCCUCAUUAAACCCGUUGCUUUAUUGCUGGAAGAUCAGAGAAGUUAGGCAAGCUGUAAAGGAUACAAUAAGGCAAAUUUUCUGGGCACAAAAUUAA